UCCCUUUCUUCACUUACUAUCUUUGCUUGGAAACCCAUCUUUAGAAGCUCAGAUCUUCCCAGAAAUGUAUGUUUUUCAUCUGUUACUUCUUCAAUUUUAUGAAUUUUUAGUAUUUAAUUGAAUCUGGUUUGCUAAUAUUUUGUUGCUGUUAUGCUUGUAUUUGGGUCUUUGAUUUGAUGUUGCUGGUUUGCUAAUACUUCUUCAAUAUUUUGUUGCUGGUUUGCUAAUAAUUGAAAUGUGUAAUAUAGAGGGGCUUAUAUUUGUAUACAUGUAAAGUUGAAUGUUCGGUCCACAGGAUUAUGUUGAUUAUGGAUGAUUAUGGAUGAUUUUGGGGGUUAAUUGUGUUUUUUUCAUUAGCAUUAUGUUGAGUUAUGGGAUUAGUGUAAUGAUGUAUAAUAGUAGUACCUUAAAGUGAACUUCGUGUGAAUAGAAAAACCUUUUAUGUCCUUUGUGAGAUGGUCAGAGAUGUCGGUGGUUUAAAUGGCACUCGAAAUAUGUCUUUGGAGGAAAUUAUAGCUAUGUUCUUGUACACGUUGGCACAUCAUUUGAAAAAUAGGACAAUUAGAAGUCAUUUCUUUUGAAGUGGAGAAAGUGUUAGUAGAAACUUCCACCGAUGUCUUCUUGCCGUGUUAAAACUACAUACACACUUGCUAAAAAAGCCGACACCUAUAACAGAAGAUUGUGAAGUGGAUAGAUGGAAAUGUUUUAAGAAUUGUUUAGGAGCCUUAGAUGGCACUCAUAUUAGUGUUCAUGUGCCAAGUGAGGAUAGAGCAAGAUAUCGGACAAGGAAAGGUUCUAUUGCUAUGAAUGUGUUAGGUAUAUGUAACCCUAAUUUGGAGUUCAUAUAUGUUCAACCUGGUUGGGAAGGAUCCGCUCAUGAUGGUCGUGUCCUUCGAGAUGCUAUUACUAGGCCUAAUGGUUUAAAAGUGCCGCAAAGUAAUCAUACUUAGAUUUUAGAUUUUAUAUUGUGGAGUCCAAUAAGCAAUGUCAUGACCUAUUUUUUUUUCCAUAUGUCAAGGUUCUUACUAUUUGGUAGAUGCAGGAUACACGAAUUGUGAAGGGUUUUUAGCACCAUAUAGAGGUCAUCGAUAUCACCUUAAAGAGUGGGGCGACCGACAACCAAUUAGUGCGGAAGAGUACUUCAACAUGAAACAUUCUAAGGCAAGGAAUGUUAUUGAGAGAUGUUUUGGACUAUUAAAAGGAAGGUGGGGUAUUCUUAGGACCCCAUCCUUCUUUCCAAUACGUACUCAUGGGCGUAUAGUUCAAGCAUGUGUACUAUUACACAAUCUUAUUCGAAAACAUAUGCCAACAGAUUACACAAUGUAUUGGGAUUCCGAUAGUGAAGAAGGUGAAAGUGAUGAUGAGGGCCUACAUGAUGAAGUUGAUUUGAUUACUCAAAUAGCUACUACGGAUGCUUGGACUGCUUAUCGGAAUAACUUAGCACAAACUAUGUUUAAUAAUUAGAGACUUAGGCAUAGUAGCCAAACAUAAAUGUUUCUUUAGUUUAUUUGGACUUAUGUUUGGGUAUUCCUUUUUAUGAUGUAAUCAAACCAAUCCAAUAGCAAAAUUAUUUCGUCUCCUUCCAACCAAGGCAAAGAACCCUAAUUCGUGACUUUGUUUGUGCAAUUUCUCCAAAUUGUUCCUCAAUUAACCACUAUCGAGCAUCUACAAGGUCAGUUGUCUUACAAAUUGUGAUAAUGAUAGCAAUUUUCUGGCUUGAUUCAGAGUGAUUUGAUUCUGAUUUGUUUGAGUGAUGAUUCAAUUUUUUCUGAUUUAUCACUGGAAAUCUACUUUUUUGCAAUGAUUGUUUUUGGAUUUUUCUGAAUUUUUUUUUCUGGUUGGAAGGAACAUGUGGUAAUGUUAGUAAUUUGGCGCUGAAUCAGUGUAACAUAAUUCACCGGCUUAUUCACUUUCUAAAUUUGCGAUUAGAAAUUGCCCAAAAUAUGCCAAAAUUGAUCAUAAUUCACUUUAUCUUUUUCAAUUCACGGAGUACAAUACUAUCGAUGAUGUUUUCUGAGAUCAGUGGAACGAUAUUUAUUCGAGUAAUGGGUGCAAAGAUACCAUUAACUGAUUUGUUUUGAGUAGCCAAUAGCUUCAAUUUCUAAAUAUGUUUAUUUGUGGGUGGAGAAUUAGUUGAAUAUCAAACUUUCGGAGGGAUUUUGAAGGAUGUUUGGGCAUUUUUAAUAAGAAACAAUAAUUGAAGAUGAAAAACAAGAGAAGAAAACUUUUAUUUGGGAAGUGAGAAAAUCUUUCCACUAUGAAAUACACCUAUACAAGGAAAGAGUUGUAAUGAAGUUGUUUAGUGUUUACAAGAGAUUACAAAUGGUAAUUUCUGGCUAAUUUUCACACACUAUACACAAUGAUUUAUAGUGUUUAACUCUAAAUCAAGCCAUAGCUUUGUGAAUGGUACCUCUUAAUCCCUCUUUUAUGAGCUCAAAUUGGGCUUUAGGUACCCCCAAUGUUUGGUUUAGUUCUCAAAAUGCGUGAACAGAGGCAUUUGCUCUUCCUAGCACUCAAGCUUGAGCCAGGAUUUAUGAGCCACUCGCCGGAGUAGGCCUUGAUCGCACAAUUAAACCUUGCUGCAGUUGCUAGAACCAUGCUCAUGGUCCUGGACAGGUUGCAUGUGCAUUGCUCCCCCAGAUUCUCACCCAAGCCAAUUAGCUGCUUCCCUGGGAAGAUUCACCCCUGCAGCCGGAAGCUUACUCCUGCUUGUUGCUCGCCUGAGCAUUUGUGGAGCCAGCCCUCAUAUUCCUCCUUCUAGCAGCCCCAAGCUCUUAGCUCAUACAAAGCAUCCACCGUAUCAACUUAACACUAUCGCUUCCCAAACCCCAAUGCAACACCAAGCUCUCUUGCUCACUAAUGCAUCAAAUGCGACACCAGUGCAUCUGAUGCAACACAUUUACCCAGCCUCCAUUAACCAACAACCCAGGAAAUAAUUAUUGAGUCACACUCAACAAUCAAUUCGUCAUUGUAAAGAAAUCAAAAUUAGUAGAUGUUGAAUUACUGACAUGAAAAACUGAUAUUAAAAAAGGUGAAUAGUGAAAACAUUUGGCUUUAGCAGUUUAAAUCAGGUGUCUUGAUAUAAAUCUGCCAUUCUUAUCCUUAGUUUUUUGAGCAAAUCUUGAGCUCAUGUUUGCAUUUAUAGUUUAACAUUGCAUGAUGUUAUUAUUUGAUAAUCAAUUGUACUAGUAGAUUUAGAUUUAUUGCCUUUCUUAUCUGUUUUAUGCUUAAUGUAUAGGAUAUUAGGACUAAUGUUAUGGUUCAAUUGAUUUGAAGAGAUGGUUACUGAUAUCGCUUUUUUGGAUUUUCAUUUGUCAGAUUUCAAAUAUCGAGGAAACCAUGGCAACAUCAAAGAAGGUGAUAACAAAAGAAGAGUGGGAGAAAAAACUCAAUGAUGUAAAGAUUAAAAAGGAGGAUAUGAACAAGUUAGUGAUGAAUUUUCUUGUCACCGAGGGUUAUGUUGAUGCUGCAGAGAAGUUUCGUCUGGAGUCUGGAACAGAACCAGAUAUAGACCUCACAACAAUCACAGAUCGCAUGGCAGUUAAGAAGGCUGUACAGUGUGGUAAUGUUGAGGAUGCAAUUGAGAAGGUUAAUGAUUUAAAUCCAGAGAUACUUGAUACAAACCCACAGCUGUUUUUCCACCUUCAGCAACAAAGAUUGAUAGAACUCAUCAGGAAUGGAAAGAUAGAAGAGGCUCUUGAAUUCGCUCAAGAAGAGCUUGCUCCAAGGGGAGAAGAAAAUCAAAGCUUCCUAGAAGAGCUGGAGAGAACUGUUGCACUCCUUGCAUUUGAAGAUGUCUCAAACUGUCCAGUCGGGGAGCUUCUGGACAUAUCUCAACGUUUGAAGACAGCAAGUGAAGUAAAUGCAGCCAUCCUUACUAGCCAAAGCCACGAGAAAGAUCCGAAGUUACCAAGCUUAUUAAAAAUGCUGAUAUGGGCUCAGAAUGAACUCGAUGAAAAAGCUGCUUAUCCUCGAAUAAAUGAUUUAUCGUCUGCAAAACUAGAAGAUCCUGCCGUUUGAAACCUCUACUGGCUACAAGCUCAUGUUCUAGCUUGUAUCUUUGAUUCAAGCCUGUAAUUCUAAAACUCUACUUAAAAAAUUUUCCAUUCUGGAUAAUUCAUGGUUAAUAGUUAGGACCAUUUUUCUUAAAAACUUUUUAGUGACUUUUAUGUUUUGAUCAGUUGCACAGUCGAUUACUUAAUGUUGGUGCCAAUUUUAUUGUUUGUUGGCAA